CUUUUUGAAGUGGAGGGAACGAAAACAAUCCGGCUUGUCUCAUAUUUACAUUUCAGCCAUGAGUGGAUGUCCUUAUUUUCAGAAGAAAUUUGUGUCAACCAGUAAGCAGCAUCUGAAAGAAGAUGAGAAUGAUGAUUCUCAGACUGGAGUUAAUAAGGCCAGCAAAGGAGGUCGUAUUUACGGUGACUAUCUGCAGCUGGAUAAAAUAGUGACAUCUCAGGUGCUUCAAAGUGAGCUGAAGGGAAACAAGAUCCAUGACGAACAUCUGUUCAUCGUCACACAUCAAGCAUAUGAACUGUGGUUUAAACAAGUUCUGUGGGAGCUGGACUCAGUGAGAGAAAUCUUCAUCAGUGGACAUGUGAGUAGCCUCAAACAUGAAGACUUGUCAAAAUCAAUGGCAGUGUUUAGCAUAAUUGCAUUUAGCUCGAUUGAUCUGCGUUUUUUUGUACACAGGGAAUAUCUCUCACCUGCUUCAGGCUUCCAGAGUCUGCAGUUUCGACUGUUGGAAAACAAGAUUGGGGUCCCGCACAACCAGAGGGUCCCCUACAACAGAAGGCAUUACCGGGACAAUUUCCGUGACCAGGAAAGUGAGCUGCUCCUGCAUUCAGAGCAGGAGCCCAUGCUGCUGCAGUUAGUGGAGCAAUGGCUGGAGAGAACGCCCGGCUUGGAGGAAGAUGGCUUUAAUUUUUGGGGGAAACUGGAAACCAAUAUUUUUGAGGGGCUCAGGAGAGAGAAGGAACAAAUAGAGCAAAAACCAGCCUCAGAGAUGAAAGAGGAGAUGAUGGCCGAGCUCAUUAAGCAGAGAGACAUUUUCUUAUCGCUCUUUGAUGUGAAAAGACAUGAUCACACUGUCUGUGCAGGUCAGAGGAGGCUGUCCUAUAAAGCACUGCAAGGAGCACUGAUGAUCUACUUCUACAGGGAGGAGCCUCGAUUUCAGGUUCCUUUCCAGCUACUGACAUCUCUGAUGGACAUCGACACCCUCAUGACAAAAUGGAGAUACAACCACGUGUGUAUGGUGCACAGAAUGAUUGGCAGUAAAGACGGCACAGGUGGCUCAUCAGGCUAUCAGUAUCAGUACCUGCGCUCCACUGUCAGUGAUCGCUACAAGGUGUUUGUGGAUCUGUUUAACCUGGCCACCUUCCUGGUUCCGAGGGAGUGGGUUCCCAAGCUGGACCCGAGUGAGCACACCUUCCUGUACAUGGCCGAAUGCUGCGACAGCUCCUACUGCAGCAGCAGCGAUGACUCAGACUAAACAGAUGGAGGGAUGAGGAAAGGAUGGACAGCGUUUGCAGAGUACAGAAGAAAAAAAAAAAGCUUCACACCUCACAAGUCCACCAUCACCAAGAUUUGUCACCAAAAACUUUUUAAAUGACAGAAUGAGAGGCUACAAAGCUGUGCUGAUUUUACAGAAGUUCUAGAAUAUGAAUUGAAAAGAUAUGAAUAUGAAAAGUCAAUUUAACAACAGUGUCGACAAAAUAUCUACAUCAGUAAAACUGUUGAUGCACUUGUGUAUAUAUUGUCAAUAUAAUAUAAUAUUUUAACAUGUAAUAAACUGAUUUCUGUUUUGUAAAUAAAAUACACACCU